AUGAAGAGACAGCGCAGUGGAGACUCGCAGACCGACGCAGGAGAGGCGACGAUGAAUCGCGCGCGGCUCUCUGAACCGCCCCUCGAAAAUGGUUACCACGAAGUGGCGCAUGCAGACCCCGACCGAGCCCAGCUGCAGAGACUCCUCGACGACAGCGUGCUUCUCUACCAAGGCGCGGAAGCUCGGCUCUUCCUAGUGGCGCUAUCUCCCUGGCGGCUGGGCGUGUUGAAGCAGCGUCUGCGGAAGCCUCACAUUCACCCGAGUUUGGACUUCAAGCUGCAUGUGCAUCGAAUGCAGCAGGAAGUCCGGGCGAUGGCGCGCUGCCGGAAAGCCGGCGUCGACGCGCCGCAGGUUUUCUGGGUGCGGCUGCCGGCGCGCGCCUUCGGAGCCCGUCCGAACACCUCUUCGAAGGCGGAGGCGACCGCGGGCUCCGUCGGCAGAGGCGGCGUGGAGGCGCGCGACCCUGAGGGCGGUCUGAUUCUGAUGGAGUGGCUGGAGAGCGUCGCGGUGAAGGCCGUGCUGCACGAGCUCGAGGACCCCGAGAAGAAGAGUAUCGCCUCCGCGCAGACGCAGAAGCCACGACACGCAGAGUCGCACGCGGCGACGAAGGCCAGCGACCGGCGCCCUGCCCAGAAAGACGCCACGGAGGCGCCGCGCUCGGGAGAGGAGAGCGAAAACGCGCGGGACCCUGACGCGCCUGCAGGCGCAAAAAGGAAAGAAAAGAGAAUGCAACACGAGAGGAAGCAGAACACGAAGAGGCAAGAGGAGAGAAAGAACGAAACCGUGGCGGGUGGAGACUUUGAAGACUUCUUGGAAGACGAACCGGAAAGCGACGAGGACGUGGCUCCUGAGAACUCCUGCGCCUGCGGAGUCUGGGAGGAGAAAGCGAUCGAGCGCCUCGGUCGAGCUGUCGGGCGCGCGGUGGCGCGCAUGCACAACGCGAGUCUGGUGCAUGGCGACCUCACAACGUCGAAUCUCCUUCUUCGCUCCGCGGCCUCCAGCGCGGCGCCCUCGUCGUCUCUCUGCGCGACGUGGCCUGCGCCGCCGCGCUGCACGCUCGGGCGCCUGGAGGCGGCAGCGGCGCCGCCUCAGGAGACUUCUGCAGCCUGUGUGGUCGCAGUUGCCGAGGCGCUUCACGCGCCGAUCGCCGCCGCGGCCGCACAGGCCGCCGCCGAGGCCUGCGCUGAAACGACCGUCGAGGGACUGUCUGUGGAGGCGACGCUCCGGCGACGCGUCGGGAAGGCCCUGCAGCAAGUCGCGGCGCAGGAGGCGCGGGCGCUGUUGGCGGCCGUUGGGACUCAGGAAGAAGAGAAAGCCGCAGGAUCGAAGGGGGGCGAAGCAGACAGGAGCGCCGAGGAGACCGGGAAAAAGAAACAAGGGAAAGAAGAGAACUUGCCAGCCGUCUCCAUCAUCGACUUCGGCCUGGCGUCGACCUCGACGCUGCCGGAAGAUCGCGCCGUGGACCUUUUCGUCCUCGAACGCGCAGUUCACAGCACCCAUUUCUCGGUUUCUACGCCCUUUCUUGCGGCCGUGCUCGCCGCGUAUGAACGCUACGCGCAGGGCGCGGCUCAGACACUGGCACGACUCGACGCAGUUCGGAUGCGCGGCCGCAAGAGGUUGAUGAUUGGCUGA